AUGGCACCCAAGUCUCCCACCUCAAAGCCAUCCGCCGCAGACCAUGGCCGCAACAGCGAGCGACAGCCUCUGCUCGGCUCAUCCUACGAUGCCGCCGCCGCUGACUACAACGCCAUACCUCGGGAACCGGCGCCAUCCGCACCACGACCAAGAGGGUCGCCAUACUUGACCCUCUUGCUACGCUUUUACUUUGCUCUAGGUGUGCUCCUCCUGCUGCCUGUCGUUGUGCUGCUCAUCCUCCUCGUUAUCAACUAUUUCGAACCUGUCCCGCUUCUACUGCCGCCCCACCGCUCGCCUGCGGUGUUGCCCUUCUGGUUCUGCCUCAUCUCUCUUUCCAUGCUUGGCCCUGGUCUACUCUUCUUCGAGCUCGCUUCGCACGCGACCAACUUUUUCCACCUCUUCGUUCUUUGUUGCACCGUCGCCGACGUGGUGCUCCUUCUCGCCGUUCCAGAGUUCCGCGUCACCCAUUCUUACCUUGGCUUCGCCUCCGUGGGCCUCUGCUUCCUCUCUACGCUCUGGGCUUUCCUCUCGUCUCAUCAUCUGCAACGUCAGAAGAUUCCCUUCACGCUCCAUCCCGACGUCGGGGCUCCCAUCGUCACCGAGAUCCCACUUGCUCGAGCUCAAGCAAAAUGGUCGAGGCGUUUCAAGUUACUCGGCGCUCUUUUUGGCUGCCUCAGUGUCGCCCUUGCCACCGCGCUCGUCACUUUCGAUCUAGUGCUCGAUGCUGCCGAUUCCGGCUUCAGGCCUUUAGGCAACCUUACUAUGGUACAUCCCACCUCACUCACCAAGCAGCCUGUUUAUCCACAAGACCCGGCUGAUGUUAAUCCGUAUCCGGUCUCAUUCCGCCUCCAUCUCGCCUGCGAGUCCGCACCUGCCCAGCCGGGCAGUCUCAAAUCUGGUAAUUCGACCGAUAACCCACCCACUGCCCUCGUCAUGUCCGAACGCGGCGUUUCUGGAGUCACUGCCGCGCAGUUCCUUCGAGAGAUGGUGUCAAGAUCCGGCUCUCAUGUCGGCGGCGGUGAUGAUGGCCAUCUUGCCCUCACUCGCGUAUGCUUCUGGGACCGCAUCGGUUACGGUCAUUCUGACUUUGUCUAUCAGCCCCUUUCGAUUCGUUUGCAGACCGAAGCCCUCUACCACGCUCUCAAAAAGCAUGAUCAAGACGACCUCGACAGCAGCGUCGAGCACGACAUGACCAAGAAGAAGAAGGGAGCCGGCGAAUCGCUCGGCAAAUUCAUGCUCGUCUCUACUGGAUACGGUCAUCUCUUUGCCCAGGACUUUGCCGUUCAGCAUCCUGAGCUUAUCCACUCUUUCCUACACAUUGAUGCAGAAACUCCGUCUUCGUGGUACACCGACAAGGUUUCGCGAGACUCAGAUGCGAGGGCAGGCUAUCUUGCCCCACGUCACGGACCCUUCGGCUCGCUCUUCUACGACCUUCUCCCUGCGCUCGUCGAGCCAACAGGCGUCACACGCAUCAUUGGUCUGCUCAGAGGAAAGUCGGUAGUCGACCGGAUCCUCGCUCCGGGACCGCGAGGACGCGCCGCACGCCAGCACGACAUGGCAGGCGGAGGUUGGCGUAUCCACGGAGCGGGGGGAUCCAAUCCCAGACUGCUCAUGUCGUCUUGGCUAGAGCGUCUGGACGCCAAUCUCGGAACGGCAAGCCCCAACUAUGCUCGCCUCCGCAAGUCGAGCUCCGAUUACCAAUCUCUGUUGGCCAAGCGACCUGUCGCGGUGCUUUCCAGUUUCUGGAGGGUGCAUUCUGACGUCGACGGGUGGGGUCAGGAGCAACGCGAGAGUUUGGUUGGCCCGGCCAAGAACGGCUCAACUUUGAUCGGAUGGUGGCGUGUCGGCGAUCGAAAGAGGAGGACGGGCGGCGGCGACGAAGGUGGUCCCGCAGGGGUCUGCUCGACCAGGAUGGGCGUCAUCUUUUGCAAAGAGGCGGUCCGUAAACUCGUUGCCGCUGGCCAGAUGUGGAAUUCGACAAGUGUAGCGACACUAUCUUGA